AGGUUGGUUAAAAAAUACUUUUCGGCGUUUCAUCUGUAUGGGGUUCUUCGAUAUUUUCAAGUGCGGUAGUAAGAAGAACAAGAAAGCUUCUGAGACUGCUCCGAGUACCCCUACCCCUUUAACCGAGCCUCUAGUGUGUGGUACUUGCAGUUACGCCCAGUCGGUCCCUACCUCAGCCACAGUGUUUGUGUGUAGCAGCUGUCAUGCUGUCAACAGAAUAGACCGUUCUCAGCCUGGAGGCACUAUGGUGCAAACAGCAUCGCAGGCACCUCCUACUGGCCCGGAGGUUCCCCUAGUGCGGUUGUCGUCAGCUAACUUCAUACCGACCAACGAAGUUACUCAGCUGCCGCCCCCUAGUGAUCCGAAUGAGAAGCCGUGGGAGAUCCCGUGUUGCAGUGUUUGUUUGGAAAACCCGGGCGAUAUGGUGAUAUUACCGUGCGGUCAUGGUGGUAUAUGCGAGCCUUGCGCCAUGCAUAUUGCCUGCAAUGAAGCAGUCGGAGGUGCUCACUGUCCAAAGUGCAGAGGCCCUAUAGAGAGGCUUCUUCGUAUAACGAGGCUGCCCAAUUCUGAUGCCAUCACUGCUGUUGAAGUACCUUUGCCCAAGCCCAGCCAAAAGCGAAAAUCGCCUCCGAAAGUACCACCACCACCUGGAGAGAAGAAGAGCAAGGGUCACCACGCUGAGGUUGUGGCUAAUGCGGCCUGAUCGGUGGUUGAAUCAGUAGCAUUACUAUCGCUCGAACGACAAUAUGGUUACUGGCGGCCAAUUUGGUGCGGACUUCGUGCGAAAGUUGCUUAGUGGGUUUUGUAAUGGAAGAGGCGCCAUAAGCAAUAACCUGUUACUGUUAUAUCAUAAUCAUCCUUAUAGACAUUUCUGAUGAGUUAACAAAGGCACUCUCAUCACCUUCGCUGAUUAUCAUCAUUCGGAAGAAGAGCGGUCAUUCGUUGAAGUCAGUCAUGUCGAGUCGGCAAUCCUCUGUAACCAUGCCGUACUUGAACCUGCUGCUACUGCUCGUUUUUGCUCAUAUUUUCACUGACGCUCCUACCCGGGCCAGGGUGCUUCUGAAGAAGAUGAGGAUCUUGUGAUG